AAUGUAUGUGAUAAUAGACGGAGAUAUUGGGUGGCCGACUCACCCUCUCUUCCUCUAUCUUUCUUCAACCCGAAAAACGAACGCUUCGGCGCACCAGUGCCAUUUCCCUCACUCUCAGUCAACCACAAAUUCCCACCCGCACCACCACUCACAUCAACAUGCAGCUGGCGAUCCCCCAUCGGGUUCUGUGCAAUCUGAAUCGAGGUCCCCGUGAUCAUCCUAUCAACACCCCCCGCGUUUGGCGCCUCAAGCCAAUCCGUCUCCUGCAGGAGUGGGUCUUUAGUAGUAGAUAAGAUUCCGAAUUGCGCAAUUGCAGAAUUUCGGACUCGAGGUGCUUGGUGUAGGAUUCUUUUCGUUCGCGAUGUGUGCUGUGUUGGACAACCGGGCACGGAUGUGUUACUAAUGUUGAAUUCUUUCUUCUUUCUGUAAUUCGAGGUGGAGGGGCAGAGUCGAGUGCAGAAGGUGGUGUGGUGUGGUGUGGGGCUUACCGUUGAGCUCGUCGCACUUGCUCUCUUCGCUUUUGAUAGGCAGCGCUGUCUUUGUUUUUGGGUUCGUUGGGGCCAGCGUCGGGACUGUUGGAUUCUAUUUACGCUUGUGGUUAACCGUUUUUUCUUCUGCGUCUGGGACCAUGGGGU